CUUAUGUGGAUAUCAAAAAUUUCAAAGCUAUAAAGAUAUUGACACAAAAUAAAAAUGAACAAUUUUUGUUAGUGAAAUUUAACACUAACACUACUCUAGACCAGAUUGCAUCAACUUUAAAUGUCGACAAAAAUAAAUUUAAUGAAUUGAAG